UGCUGCCAGAAGUGUCAGAAAACAACAGAGACGCCUAAAGGAGCAGUUUCUAUGUCCGAGCUGGAGACACAUGAGGAGAGCAGAGCGGCUGAAGGAGACGUGGCAACACAUGCAAGUUGAGAUCAUCAGAUCAGCGUCUGACAGAAGGGUUGGACUAGAAGAAAGCGAAGAGGACAGGCUGUGGUGGUGAAUAUCCAGGAGAUAAACUACAUCAAUGAAGACGCCUGGCAUGGCGGUGUUCAAGCAACAGAAUGUGGAGGAUUUCUAUGACAUUGGGGAACCUUUAGGAAGUGGGCAGUUUGCAAUCGUCAAACGCUGUAUAGAGAAGAGCACAGGCGUUGAAUACGCGGCAAAGUUCAUCAAGAAGCGGCAGAGUCGAGCCAGCAGACGUGGAGUAAAGAGAGAGGAGAUUGAGAGGGAGGUGGUCAUCCUGCAGCAGCUACAGCACCCCAACGUUGUAGAGCUGCAUGACGUGUUCGAGAACCGCCUGGAUGUGGUGCUUAUCCUUGAAUUGGUGUCCGGAGGAGAGCUGUUUGAUUUCUUGGCUCAGAAGGAGUCUCUUAGUGAAGAGGAGGCCACCCAGUUUAUCAAACAGAUCCUUAACGGAGUCCAGCACCUCCACUCCAAAAGAAUCAUACAUUUUGAUCUAAAGCCUGAAAACAUAAUGCUGCUGGACAAUAAUGUUCCUCUACCUCGUAUCAAGAUCAUAGACUUUGGACUAGCACGCAAAAUAGAAGCUGGGGAAGAUUUCAAAAACAUUUGUGGAACGCCUGAAUUUGUUGCUCCAGAGAUAGUCAACUAUGAGCAGCUGGGAUUGGAGGCAGACAUGUGGAGUAUUGGAGUCAUCACAUAUAUACUAUUGAGUGGCGCGUCACCGUUCCUCGGUGACACAAAGCAGGAAACCCUCGGUAACAUCUCGGCCGUGGACUACGAGUUUGACGAGGAGCUCUUUAGCAACACAAGCGAGCUAGCCAAGAGCUUCAUCAGAGAGCUCCUGGAGAAGGACACAAGAAAACGAAUGACUAUACAAGACGCCCUCAAUCAUCACUGGAUUAAGUCCUGCGGCCACAUAGAAGAGGAAAGCGCUGCUCCCGUGACGGAGAAGGAAGGAGAGCAGCUGAAGACGAGGCGUUUAAAGGAGUACACCAUCCAGUCCAACUCCAGUGUCCCCAAGAACAACACAUAUGCAAACUUUGAGCGUUUUGCCCGCGUAGUGGAGGAGGUCAGUCUGAUAAAGACAGGGCUGUCAGAGGUAACAGGAGCCAGACACACCAUACAGGGCGACAUAGAGGCACUACGCUCAAUCUACAGUUACAAGGAGGCCUGGUACAAUGAGGAGAGCGAGACCUCGAGGAAGCAGCUGUCCCAGGUUCGCUACGAGUUCUGUAAAGUGGAGGCCAUGAGGAUGCUGCUGCAGGAUGACAUGAAGGCAAUGGAUGCCAGUCUGGACAGCAUAAGUGGGAAGUACAGUCAGAGGCAGAAUCAGCUGGACGCUCUGAGACAGCAGUUGAACUCUGAGCUGCAGUGGCUGCAGGGGGUGAUGAGCUCUGUGCAUCCUGGUGGAGCCAAUGGCAGCAUUUGCAGCACCAGCCUGAAUACAGACAUGAGGCAGGCAUUAAAGGAGCUGCUGCAUCCGUCCUGCGGGAGGGAACUGUGCCCUGAGCAACCACUCACAGAGUCUGGCUGAGAAAAACAGAUGAAUUGUUUUACCUUGAAAUUUUUUUGGGUGUUUGGGUUCAGCACAUUUUGUUCAGCAAUGCCAACUUUUGAAUGUAUAGCUGUGUAUUCAUUACUUUUUUCUUUAUUUACAUAAUAAUAUAAGAAGUGGAUUUGAGGAGAUCUGCCUAUUAGCUAACACUAGCCUGUACCACUUUCAUGACUUAUCAAAGCUAUGGGCAACGGACAGUUAGCUUAGCUUGGCACAAGGACUUGAAACAACAGUAAACCAUAAGGACUGUCAUCACACCUAAUGGUACUAGUAAACACAUCUGGUCACCUUUUAACAGGCCAGCUGUUUCUCUCAGUGUCCAGGCCUAAGCUAAGCUAACUACCACCGGGCUGCAGUUUAAUAUUUUCAGACAGUAAUGAGAGUGUGUUGAUCUUCUUGUCUAACUCUGAGAAAUAGACAGAUAAAUGUAUUUUCUACUUUUCUUUAAGAAACUUGACCUACUGCACAAUAGUAGGAAUAUUCUUUAAUUGAAGUCGUAUUCAUGGACCAGUGUGCAGGAUUAAGUGGACUCUAUCUUUAAGGUUGCAGGUUAUAACCAACUGGAGUCUGCUUUUUUGUUUUUCUUGUGAUUAUUAAUUUAUGAAAACAUAUAUACAUCACUGUAUAUCUUGUGAUAUCUUCCACAUGUCCCUUUUCAGAUAAUAAUGAUCUGGUUUUUAAUGCACUGAAGUUGUUUGUUUAGCAGGUAAAGAAGCUUUUAUAUUAAUGUACUGUAAUGAUCCUGAGGUGGUACUGAAGCUGAGUCUAAAUAAUGAAUGUAUUUAAAGUGUCCCGGUCAGACAAAGACUGGAUGAAGCAGUAUUUCUUUGUAAUGGGCUGUUAAAUGAUUUCAUGUUUAUUUAUUGUUUCACUUGUUUUUUUAUUACAUUCUGUUUUACAAGACUAUUUUGUAAUGGUUAUCCAUUUGUGAAGUUACGGUUAGAUGUCUAUUUUCUUCAGACAAUUUGUCAUAGACUUGAAUGUGCACUUCUGCUAAAGGUUACAUUUAUUUAUUUUUUAAAAAAAGCUGCUUUUCUUUCUUUCUUGGAGAUGUUCUGUAAGCUGACAGGAAAACAAAACCUGUGAUAAGAUCACAUUUUAAAAUGUGUCAGCUCCUUUUCAGUGUGUUUAACAUUGCAACAGGAAGUCACCAAUGCACAAUUAUAACUGUUGUUUAAACACUGAAAUAAAUGUUCAUCAUUUAUUGUU